CCUCCUGCUCAAUCUGAACUCGGGUCAACAAGUCUUCACACAAGCUGAGUGGAAGGCACAGUAGCGGGUCAUGUUGGUCGGGAGUUAAAAUCGUCCCGGUCGAAUUAAAACGUGGAAGUUUUCAGACUCCUGUUGCGGGACAGAAAGCAGCAGUGAAGGACGCAGACUUUUGUCAUGGCCGAGAAGUCAUCUCCAGGCUGGUCUGGAGUUUUUCUCUUCACGGCGACCAUAGCCAUUGUGACUGUGGGCAGUCCGGUGAGCGCUCAUCUCUCCAGGAGCCACUUCCACCGUCCCACCAGGAACUCUGAGCCCCCUGUGAUAGCAGCUCAUGUUCCAAGGGUUGAUCUGAACCCGGAUCAGCUCAGACGGCUGCAUUUCAAGCCCACCAUAGGCACCAUCCGGUUGUCAGAGGGACAUGAGGUUAAAUUCAACUGCUCCAUCAACAUCCCCAAUGUCAGGCUGGAGCCCACCAUCAUGUGGGUGAAGAACGGCCAGGACCUGGCAAGAAACGCACAGUUGGUGGUCAACGAGCUCCAGACCACCACGGACGGGGUCAUGACUCUCCUUUCUACUGUCAGCAUUAACCAUGUGCAGCGAGUGGAUGCUGGGGAGUAUCGCUGCAGGCUGAGUAUCAACACCAGGAUGAUCGAGUCUCAGCCAAUCAUCAUCGAGGUGGAAGGUCUACCAACAUUUAUUCACCAGCCAGAGGACAGGAACGUAACAAGAAACACGUCUUUCAUGCUGACAUGUCAGGCAGUAGGACCUCCAGACCCCGUUCAAAUCCGCUGGCUCCGUGAUGGAUUACCUGAUAGUGACUUUCACGAUUCUCCCAGUAGCUACUCUGUGGCAGGUGUGGACAAGUACACUCAGUUCAGCUGUGAAGCUCACAACACGAAGGGUGUCACCACCUCCAGAGAAGCAAGUGUCAACAUCAAAGUGUCUCCUAGCCCUGUGUCUAAUGUUACUGUGUUGGAGAGGCAGUCCAAUAAGUUGAUAUUGAGCUGGAGCCCUGGACAUGAUGGUUUCUCUCCACUAACUAAAUGCCACAUCAGGGUCAAAGAGGUGAGUCGGAGGAAAGGGGAGGUGAUGACCACUCGACUCAUCAACGUCACAGUGCCACCUUUCCAGUAUGACGUCCCCGGGCUGCAGGCUAUGACGUGGUACAACAUGAGUGUUUCCUGCAGCAAUGAGGUGGGACCCUCGUCUUUGUCCAUGUGGAUCCAGAGCAACACCACAGAGGGAGUGCCAUCGGUUCAUCCCCGAAAUGUCACCGUACAGCUGAACGAGUCGUGGCUGGUGAUCAGCUGGAAACCUCCCCCGGAUGAUAAGAUAAAUGGAAUCCUGCGUGGCUAUGAUAUUAUUGUCAGACAUGGCACACAAGUGACCAAGAUCCACAGAAACUCCACCGUGGCCUUUGUAGAAGUGCAGGAAUUCAACGCAACCUACAGUGUGGAGGUGGCUGCAUGCACACAGGCUGGGAGCGGCAUGGUCAGCCCACGGGUCUGGCUGUUUGUACCAGAGAACAAAUCAAUCGUGUCCCCAUCGUCCAGUCCUGAAACCGGGGUUCCAGACUCUUUCUAUAUUGUACUGAGCGUGGUGUGCGGCUUCUGUCUUCUGAUGCUUAUCCUUUCGGGGGCAAUCUGUCUACGCAACAGGACUUCUGACUCCUGCUUUGGGCAGCUGUUUGGAGGUGAAGAAAAGCUGCAGCCUGUUGUACAGUACAAACCCCAGAGAACCUACAAUCGAUCGGCCAUCGGAGUCACACUUGGUAACCUUGGUAUUAGUAAUGAACUCCAGGCCAAACUUCAGGACGUGAUGGUCAUGAGGAACUUGCUCUCCAUAGGGAAAGUUCUUGGAGAGGGUGAAUUUGGCUCUGUGAUGGAAGGACAUUUAAAACAACUUGAUGGAACAUCAGACAAAGUUGCUGUGAAGACAAUGAAAUUGGACAGCUUCUCUCAAAGAGAGAUUGAAGAGUUCCUGAAUGAGGCGGCCUGCAUGAAAGAUUUCAACCAUCCUAAUGUCAUCAAACUGCUCGGCGUGUGCUUGGAAGUAGACUCAGGGCAUUUUCCCAAGCCCAUGGUCAUCCUGCCUUUCAUGAAAUAUGGAGAUCUACAUAGCUUCCUGCUGCGCACGCGCCUUGGAGAGAGUCCGGUGUUCUUGCCCACUCAGACACUCUUGAAGUUCAUGGUUGACAUUGCUUUUGGUAUGGAGUAUCUCAGUGGUCGUAACUUUCUGCAUCGUGACCUGGCGGCUCGCAACUGCAUGCUGCGUGAUGACAUGACAGUGUGUGUAGCAGACUUUGGGUUAUCAAAGAAAAUCUACAGUGGAGAUUAUUACAGGCAGGGCAGAAUUGCCAAAAUGCCUGUAAAAUGGAUUGCAGUAGAGAGUCUGGCAGACAGAGUUUUUACUGUAAAGAGUGAUGUGUGGGCAUUUGGCGUUACCAUGUGGGAGAUCGCCACACGAGGCAUGACACCGUACCCUGGCAUCCAGAACCAUGAAAUUUAUGACUACCUUCUUGAAGGACACAGACUGAAGCAGCCAGCAGACUGUUUGGAUGAGCUGUAUGAGAUCAUGUACAGCUGCUGGAGGGCCGAUCCACUCGACCGACCCUUCUUUCCCCAGCUGCGAGAAAUGUUGGAAAAGCUCACCGAAAAGUUUCCAGAGUCUUCCAGCAAAGACGAUAUCAUCUAUAUCAACACCAGCUUUCCUGAAGAGGACCCCGAUGGAGAAGCAGUGUGUGCAGAACGUCCUGUGUUCACCUCGUCACCUUCCUGCAGCCACCAGGCAGCAGAAAAUUCAAUAGUUACUGCAGACGUUCAUGGGAGCCUGGAUGACGAGGACGAUGAAGAUGAUCGUUAUGUGGUGGUGGUUUCUUCAGACCUUUCACUGAGGUCUCCUGCUGUGGACACUCCUCUUUUGUCAAGUGAUGCUUUAAGCCAAGCAAAUGGAGACAUGGUUACAGAUGUGAUGGCAAUGGACCACAGCUCGAGUGACACAUCUUUCUUGCUGUAAAGAUUGGUACCCAGCAGAUACAGACUUUAAUAUAAAUGUGGUUCAUCUGUACUAAACAUUAUGCCUCAUUGCACUGGGAGCACCUUGACAUUUCCUAAAGUGGACUUUCACUAGCAUUCUUUAUAUAAGCAGUUCAUGCUUUACAUGGCCAGCCUACAAGUCAGUGUAAGGGAUGUUGUCUAUGUGUCAGCCUCAAACAUGUUCAUGCACAUGUUCCAUAAGCUUAAAAUACACUGAGCUGUGAAAUUGUUUACUGUAUUGAAUUUUGUGUUGCAAUGUAAAUACGGAAAUGUACAUAACAUUUAUAAAGUGAUCUUAGAUGUAAGAAUACAUGAUUCAUAGAUUUCCUUAAGAUGUCAUUAAAAUUGGAUUUUUCCAAGAGUCACAGAUUC